AGCACUCCGGUCUCUACUUGUUGGCGAUCCUUAUCAGUCGCUUCGGUGCUGUCCAUCGUCUGCUCCUCUUAAAGGACAGACAGCCCUUGUGCGGCAUCGAUCCUAAGGCACUACUACGCCUCUUCUUACUCCUCCUUGGGCUGCUGCCGCUCGUCUUUAUUCCUUUCCAAGUGCGCCGCUUCGAGGGGCAGUUAAACAGGACGGGGAGAAGACUUGGAAGAGAUGUGUGAUGCCUUAAGAGGGCACAGUAACUGGAGGCGUGGUGUAAUGGAAUGAUUGCAGCCUGAUUAAACUAUGAAAGGGAUGGGUGUCGUCCUCCUGUACCACUGCCCUGCUCAAUAUAAAUGGCCCCUGCGAGUCCAAAGCAAAGGAAUCGAAGCAGAGCAUAGGAAGCCCGCACCAGGUUUGAUGUCCCCAGCCUGCAGAGAGCAUGCACAAUGGAUCAAAUCAUUAGCUUAAUCCCUUCCCCACCUCGCCUCUCGUGUCAGUCCUUGACUGGAACCUGACACUGCCAACUCUUGCAUCGCUUCUCCUCCUUUUCUUCUGCUUGGUGGAGCAUUGUGAGCUGGUGGUAUUGCCUAUAUGAGAAUUCUGCUAUCCAGCAGUGGCAGCAGAGCUCUACUCCUCCCUUACCUGCAGAGGCCGGCGACUGCGAAGAGGCAGCGCGUCAUGACGACUGUCGCGCCGCGACAACAGCAGAAGCACCACCGUCUCCACCCCCACGACCUGUUUGGCGGAUAUGGAUACGGUGGCGGAAAUGACAGGAAUGAGCAGGGAAAGGGAGAGGAGGAGAGAGUGGUGGUCAUCAUGGGUGCCACCGGCACGGGGAAGUCGAAGCUGUCCAUCGACCUGUCCGCCAUGUUCUCCGGCGAGGUCGUCAACUCCGAUAAGAUUCAGGUGUACCGGGGCCUCGACAUCACGACCAACAAGAUACCCGAGGCUGAGCGGCGGGGCGUGGCGCACCAUUUGCUCGGGGAGCUUGAUCCGGCGGCGGGGGAGCUGUCCCCGGCGGGGUUCCGGGCCUUGGCGGGGAGAGCCAUUGGCGACAUCUCCGCCCGCCGCCGGGUACCCGUGCUGGCUGGCGGGUCCAACUCCUUCAUCCACGCGCUGCUAUCGGACCCGUACGAUCCCAAGCGCGACCCUUUCUGCCCGGCUGAGGCGCCGGAUCGGAUUAGGUUGACCCGGCAGGAGGCCGAGGAGGGGCUGCGCUACCGGUGCUGUUUCCUGUGGGUGCACGUGGACGCGACGGUGCUGGCGGAACACCUCGAUCGGCGGGUGGACGAGAUGGUGGGGGAGGGGAUGAUAAAGGAGCUGGAGCACUAUUUCGCGGAGGAGUGGGAGGCGGGACGGCACCGGGGGCUGGGGAAGGCCAUCGGGGUGCCGGAGUUCCAGGGAUACUUCACGGGACGUGGCGGGCGGACGGCGGCAGCGUAUGAGGCAGCGCUGUCGGCCAUCAAGGCGAACACGCGGCGGCUGGCGGAGGAACAGGUGCGGAAGAUCAAGCGGUUGGCGGCGACGGGGUGGCCGCUGCGUCGGGUGGACGCGACCGCCGCGGUGGCGGCCAAGGUCGCGGGUGAGGGGGACACGACAGCGCCGUGGCGGAGGGACGUGCUAGGGCCCAGCGCCGCGGCGGUGGGGCGGUUCCUGGAGAAGGACGGCGAGGGCCACCACAACCACCACCUCCUCCGCCGCAGCUACCGCACGCGCGUCGUACUCCCUUCGAUUAAAGUCGGUUGAGGUCUCGUUUCUCGUGUUGCGGCUGCUUUACCUCUCUCACUUUUUUGUUUUUGUUUUUCUGUUUUUGUUAUAUUUUCUUGGUUUUCUUUAUUUAAAGAGUUCAGGUGGAGACGCAAAAAAACAAAAACAAAAAAAGGCGAGACAGAAGAAGAACGAAUAAGAAAACAAAAUUUCCCCCUUGUUUUUGCUUUUUUGUUUUUGAGUUUUUAGAGAUCUGUCGAGGAAGUGUGUGGGACGGGAAGAGUCCAAUUUUGAAGGAUUCGGAUACUGAUGAAAGGGGGUAAAAGAACAGAAUAAAAACGUUGCGAUGAAAAAGAGAUUGUACUGCUCGAUUCAUAAUUUUGAUUCUUUGAUGCUUCAUGUUGAGUACGAUUGAUGAAGGGUCUCUUCAUCACACACUUUGAGUGUGACUGAGGGGAGAGAGAGAGAGAGAGAGAGAGAGAGAGAGAGAAUUUGGCCACCAAACAAGUGUGUGAUGUCCAAAUGGCAUGAAUUGUGAGUGAGAAGGAGAAUCAAGUUUAUUAUAUUCAGUGAUGGUUGUACAAAACCAACUAAGGAGGAAUAAGGAAGAAUGGACAUCAAAGACUUUGCACAAGAUGGCCAUGUUCUUUCUUACAUCCCA